AUGUGGCCCGCGGCCACCGCCGUCGUCGGCAUUCGCUCGUGUGCUCGCGCCCCUGCACUCAGAGUAGUUCCAGCCUUGACGCGGUCAAUAUGGCUCGCAACGUCUCACCCGAGGCCGGCGCCAAUCCACAUUGCAUCACGUUUGGCGUUGAGCCCAUCGAAUGGAUCAACACUACCACUGGCGCGUGCCUUUUCGAAUUCCAUCAUCAGACUUGACAAGACAGAGCCGGUCAAAGCUGCGCAGUCUAUAUCGUCAACAGCCAAAGAUGCGAUCCCAACUACAUCAUCAGAAGAUAAAGAAGCGACUAACACGAAAGAAGCCGCAACAGCGACCACUGGCUCGCUAGCAUCCAGGCUCUCAGCGCGCAUUCGAUCUCUUCUCCAAUCACAACUAGCAAAGUCGGCGCCUAAAUCCAAAGAUGGCGCUUCGCCUGCGCCGACCAACUUCCCGGACCUCAAGCGCCUCUUCUCGCUUGCCAUGCCUCAGAAGCGAAACAUCCUGAUUGCUCUCGCUCUGCUCCUCGUGUCUUCGUCCAUCACGCUCACCGUGCCCUUCGCGAUUGGUCGCCUGAUCGACUUCUUCACCUCUGGUCAGAACGCUCUCUUCGGCCUCGGGUUCGGGACUGUUGCCGCACUGAUGCUCCUCAUCUUUGCUAUUGGCGCGGGUGCCAAAGCGGGUAGCAAUAUCCUGCUCGAGCUUUCCGGUGUUCGCGUCAUCCAGGGCAUUCGCAACCAGGCAUACCGAUCUGCGUUGCGACAGGACGUGGAGCUGGCCGAUAAGGGUGCCGGUGACGUCGUCAGCCGUCUCAGUGUAGACACCAACAUCGUCGGAGAGUCGCUCACUUCGGACAUCGGUGACGGACUUCGUGCGGGCGCAACGGUGCUCUUUGCCGGCACCGCCAUGUUCAUGAUCUCGUCCAAGCUGACGCUGCUCAUGAUGGCCGUCGUGCCGCCUGCAGCCAUCGGAGCCGUCUUUUACGGUCGCUAUCUGCGCGAUCUGACGCACAAGACGCAGGAUGCCGUGGGCCAAAUGACUCGUCUCGCGGAGGAACGCCUCUCCCCGCCCGCCUUCCGUACACUCACCGCCUUCAACACGCAGCGUCAGGAGUUGCGUCGGUUCGACGGUAAGAUCGGCUCGAUUGUGGAUCUGCAGACAAAAGAGGCGUACGCUUCCGGGUUCUUCUACGCCGGAACCGGCUUCGUGGGCAACUGCGCGAUCCUGACGCUCCUCACGUACGGCGGUCACCUAGUCAGCCGCGGCGAGAUCUCGGUGGGUGACUUGACCUCGUUGCUCAUGUACACGGCGUACUUGGGCGGAGGAAUGGUGAGUCUCACCUCGUUCUUCGCCUCUUUGAUGAAGGGUCUCGGUGCGGGCGCGCGCGUGUUCGAGCUGAUCGACCGCGAGUCCAACGUCGCCCUGGGUAAAGGUGAGACUUUGUCCGUCAGCACCACGCCCGCUCGGCUGCCGGUGCGGUUCGAAGACGUGCACUUCACCUACCCUUCCCGACCGCAGCAGCCCAUCCUGCGCGGUGUGACGCUCGACAUCGAGCCCGGUCAGUCGUACGCGCUGGUCGGUGGGUCCGGCGCAGGCAAGUCGUCGGUCCACUCGCUCCUGUUGCGCUUCUACGACCCCGUCAAGGGCCGGAUUCUGCUGGCGGGUCAGGACCUCGCGUCGUAUCGACCAGAGAGCGUCCGCAAGCACCUCGCAUUUGUACCUCAGGAGCCCAUCCUGUUCGACGGGACGCUGGAGGAGAACAUCAAAUACGGCACUGAGUCUGCGACGCGCGAAGAGGUCGAGCAGGCAGCGCGCAUGGCAGGAUGCGAGUCGUUCAUCGCCGAGAUGCCGCGUGGGCUCGACACAGUUAUCGGCUCGAGGCAGCUAUCGGGUGGGCAGAGGCAGAGGAUCGCCAUCGCCCGUGCGUUAGUUCGCAAGCCCUCUAUCCUCCUUCUCGACGAGGCCACCUCUGCGUUGGACAGCGCGUCGGAGUUGAUGGUCAACAAGGCCAUCGAACAGAUCAUCAGCGAGGGCAAGAUCACCGUGUGGAUCGUAGCACAUAGGCUGAGCACCAUCAAGAGCGCCAACAACAUCCAGGUGCUCGAGAAGGGCAAGAUUGUCGAGCAGGGCACGUUCGAGCAGCUCGAUCGGCCGGGGAGCCGGUUCAGGAGUUUGAUGGCUGCACAGCUGGAGGCGAAUGCCGAACCGGCCGAGGCGGAGGUGGAUGCGCAAGGGGAGAGCGGAAAGGAGCGGACGACUGCGCAACAGUCUCCAUUCAGCACUCCCACCCAGCGUCGAUCGCUGCACACCUCAUCGCGUCGUCUCUCCUCAUCCUCCCACCCGGCCAUCCCAGACAGCGGCACGUGGAGCAUCCGCAGCGUGAUCCAGCCCGACUCAUCCGCCUCUUCCUCGGACGAACUCCUCACCGACGAGCAGCUGGACAAGCUGCACCGGCUAUCGGCGCUCAUCCCGCCCUCCACCCCGGAGGAGCGGGAGAAGCUCAAGCGCGAGCUGAGCGUCAUGCUGCGUCUCGUACGGGGCGUCCUGCCCGCCGACCAGCCCGAGUCGAAGGGGGAAGGCAUUGUGGACGCCCGUCCGCUUAGCACCCAUGACAACGCGUGGAGCGUCACCCUCGACACCCUCGAGCCAGAGAAAGAGGAGAGCAAGAUAGAAGAGACGCAGAAGGAAGGGACUGCAGUCCUCGACCGCGAGACCCUGCUAGCAAAGGUGGAUGGCUCGCGCAAGUAUCAUGAGUACUUUGUCGUCGACCGUACGUGA